AUGAGCAUUGAGCGCGACCAUAUCAAAGUUAAAAGAGUGAGCCUAAACCUUCAUUCAAGGAGCUUCAGUGAAAAUAAUGAAAGCACGUCUUCUUUAGUAUCGUCUGUUCUUCCGCGGGGAAGAAGCAUUAGCGACUCUAUGUUCUCUGUGGUGCGGAUCAAGACUGACGAAAGCGAAGCAAGCGAAUUCGGGGAUAAAGAUCACUUGGAGACUGGAAAUGAAAAUAACCAUGGCUUUCCGAGUCUCAAGACGUCAUCUUUUUACUCUACGUUAGAUACAUAUCAAGAAGAAAUUCCUAGAGAAGAUCUCUCAGAGAAAACUAAUAGGGACUUAGACGUUUGGAGAUUUCGAAGCGGGAGUGACUCUUUGGUAUUUUCUUCCCUCACUGAUCAAUCAGACUCACAGCUUUUAAAGGCGACAGGGCACCCACUAUUUUCAUUUUUAAGAGAACAAUCAUCAGAAGCGCUUAAAUGCAACAGCCACGAGGAAAAUAAUAGUCAAGAAUCCUCGGUUUGGAAACGCCGUUCUCGAACAGUAUCCUUUUCUAGUCACUCUCUCUUGUGUUCGGCGAUAUCACAAGACGAUGUUGAGGAGCUAAGCAACUUGAUUGACCGUGAAAAACUGGACCUCAAUCUCCCGGAUGAAUUUGGAAACACUUUGCUUCACCGCGCAGCAAUGGAUGGAAGCUACCGCUGCCUCAAUUUUCUUCUCUCGCGCGGCGCUGAAGUCGACGUCACUGAUAAUAGAGGCUGGACUCCGCUUCACGAUACGGUGUUUCAUGGGCAUACCCGCUGUGCCGUUUUUCUUAUUAUCUCAGGCGCUGACGUAGAGGCCGAGACAAGUGAUUUUCUCAAACCAAUUGAAAUGGCCGAAGACGAUGAGAUGAUUUUAGUGAUCGGAAGGGCAAUGUCAAUGAAUAGUGGUGAAAAGUCCAAAAAUUGUAAUUACGAUAAAGAAACGUUAGUUUAAUGGUGACUCAGUUUAGAACGAAUCUCAAAAACUUCCUGUACACUAAUCCUGAAUUUCGCUAACUUCCGCAAACGUAUUAAACUUUUGAAAUGACGAAAGUUUUUAACUGGAACAAGAGAGUUAACAUUUCUUUUUCCUUUUUUAAUUUCUGUAUAAAAUCUUAUAAAGUCAAAUAACAAAUGAACAAAAACAAAAAUGAUUCUAGAAAUAACACGUGACUUAUACUCGCAAAAUAAAGACAUGGACAUAACUACAAGAGCUAAUGACCUGGUGACUAGAAUCAGGAGCCCAUCAAUUUGAUGGGCUCAUGCUAGGAUCAAAUUUCUCCUUUUAUUAAUAGACCAUCUCCGUGUUCCAAAAACCCUCACUUUCAAAAUGAGGUUAAGUGCAAAACUUUUCAUGUGAAAAUGAAUUUUAUUUGCAUGAGAAUAGAAAAUGAUUUUCAUAUCAAUGGGUGUGCACUUAGUCUCGCUUGAAACAGAGGCUUGGACCAACUUGGGAAUUGCCUAAGAUUAACUUUACUGCACUGAGUUAUAUCCUAUCUACUUUGCUAUCACAGACAGAAUACAACGUAUAUGUAGAAAAAAAAUGUGGCAAUUUUCCUCUCUUUCAGCAAGCCAGUCUGAAUGGCGUGGUAACUAGAAGAAUAAAAUCGGAAGUCAGCAUGUAAAGGCGUACUUUUACGUUCAUUCCAUUUUAGUCCAUUUAUCCUCUCACCUCGCCCAUUGAUCCCAACCAAUGACGACGGACCCAGAUUACCAGGAACCUCUGGAUAAACAUCCAGUCAGAUAGACCAUGAAAAUGGGGUUUAAGCACCUGCUAUUUUGAAAAAUGUAUGGUUUCUUUUUCGUCCCUAUCUAAUCUGUGUGUAAGGUUGGUGGAGAGCAAGGCCAGCAACGGCAGGGCAUAAAUUGAAUUUAAUGUAUGUAUUUUGUAGGACACAGUUUUCUUUGCCUAUGCCUGUCACUCUAAUGGGCGGAGCCAGCCUUUUGAUGGGAUAGCAGCUCAGAGAAGCCCUUUGCUGAUCUCUUAAACUUUCCGAUAGUGAAUAGACGGUCUUGGAAAAAUAAUGUACGGACCAGGAACUCUUUAUAAAGAGUUUUGCCGAUGGUAGAAAGGAAAUGUUACUUACAGCAAAGAAAAUUGAUGUUUUUGAAAAGGAAGAAAGGAAUUCAGUUUCUAUAGGGAUUCAUUAGAGAUAAGUUAUGAAUGUCCGUUCAAUUGUUUAGCUUUUAAAGGCGGUAAGGUUCAAAGAGAGAAGGAACCAAAGGCUGGACUCUUUUCAAAAGCAGCGUCGGCUUGUUAAAACAAGAGCUAACAAUAGAUUAGCGAGUGUAAGAACAAAAGUCACCUUUUAAAAAGUUUACAAUGAUUUUGCAUUUACUAAGGUUGAGAGACUUAAAAACGCAUGCAAUUUUCUCAUGAUCUUGGGAAAGAUAUGAUAGGCUUUUUUCAUCCGCUACGGAUAUAAAUCUUACGUUAGUUUUGAAUGAGACCAGGAAAAAUCUUUAGGAAAGGCUUUUUGUUGCUGAACAAAAAAACAACAAAUGAAACAGAGACGUAAUCAAUUUAUUUACCUAAAUUCGCACAUACUUACAUUAAAUGUCUUUAAGAAAAUGAAACACAAUCAAAGAGGAUGAUGUUUUUGGUAGUUACACAAAUGAAAAGUACAAACGUUCCGUGAUCAAAGGCCUUUUCACAUAAAUCACAAACGUCUUAAGUCAUCAGGAAACUUUUACAGUGAAUAAGCGAUUAAAGUUAACCCAAGGGAUUUACGUCAGUACCAUAACAAUGUAGUCACAGGAACCGAAAUUCUGUAGGUAUUUGUUUGCGAAACAAAAUCGUCUCUAGCUGUACAGUUAUAUAACAUGUCCUCGACAGGAGAUUUGUCACACCUGCUCAAUUUUGCUUAGGAAACGGCAGCGCUGAUAGUUCAAGUUGCCCUUGGCGUACCGGUCGUGACGACAUUGCCGGACUUAAGCUUGUUGUCGUCAUAGGAAGAUCAUUGCAAAGAAAACCAAGGUGCUAACUACGGGCAUUGAUAUCAAUUGUUUGAAGAUGUUUGCUCUGCACCGAGCAUGCGAAGAAGGCAAUUUAAUUUUAGUGUCAAUAUUGCUGGAGAAGGGAGUGAAUGUGAACGCUAAAGAUAAACAAGGUAGAACACCAUUACAUAUUGCGUCGAAAAUAGGGGAUAAACUAUUAGCGGAGCUCCUGUUUCAGCGAGGUGCGGACAUUUGUUGCAAGUCAGCGCGCGGUAAAAUUCCUUUAGACUGUAGUCAUGAUGAGGAAAUGACUUUACUCCUUGUACAAAUGAUGGCACGCACGGGAAAAGCUCAACUUGCAAAAGAACGUUUACAGUUUGAAGAGUUAACGGAAAAGGCCAGACAAAAAGUCGCCAAACAAUUAGACAUAAAAUCAAGUCGGAAAAAGUCCAUUCCAUUCUCUCAGUUAUUAGGCAAGCGACCCAUUGCUAAUCUUUUGGGAUUUAGAGAGCCUGAUUCAAGGCUAUCAAGCCUAUCCAACGUGUCCGACUGUAGCAGGUUCAGCGAAGCCGAAUCGGGCUUUUGCGAGAUGGACAAGUCUCCUGAUAGUAUUUCAAUGGAGUCUGUGCAAACAGACGAGUCCAUUUCAAGUGGAUUCAUGUCAGUCGAUGAUGAGUCAACGACGCAUCUUACCAGGCGUGCAACAACGGCGCUUACCAAACAAGAGUUUGCUGCCUUAAAACGCUCUCCUUUCAUGCCGCGAAGUCGCGCCAUCUCGGAACCACCUCCAAAGAGGACAGUCAAACGCUCGUCAACAUGGAAUAUUACGCGAACGCAAACAGGCACGUUUCCGCGUUCCGUUUUAAGAAACCGCAUCUACAAGAGCGUGACGUUUCCAGCUGAUAUUCUGCUAGACAUCGCAAUAAAAAACGACGACUUCGUUGAGACGUGUCAUCUGAUAAAAUCACGAAAAGUUGACUUUAAUCGAGUCGGGUGUAACGGCCUGACUCCUCUCCAUCGCGCUGCCAUCGAGGGAAGCUAUGAAUGUCUUCAGUUACUGAUCGAUCUCGGAGCAAACGUGAAUGUCAAGGACGAAUACGGAUGGACACCUUUGCAUGACGCCGUGUUUCACGACCAUGUCAGCUGUGCAGUAGUCUUAAUAAACGCUGGAGCGGCUUUGGAAGCCGAAACGGACGAUUUUUGGACGGUACUUGAAAUGGCGGACAGUGAUAAAAUGAUCUUUACGAUUGGAAGAGCGUUAGUUGUUAAAAACAGCGAUGGGGACAAACGUGAACUAAUGUACUGGGAAGAUCAAGUAUUUGAACCUGUCUUUGAUCCUUACAGAGAAACAUGUGUAUAA